AUGGCCUCCCACCCCCCCCACCCCUUUGACCCCAUCUCCCCCCCCGAAAUUGUCCUGGCCACCAAGAUCCUGGAGGCCGCCUUCCCCCGCGUGCCCCUGCGCUACAAGAAGAUCGACGUGCAGGAGCCCCUGAAGCGCGAGGUCGUGCCCUACAUCGAGGCCGAGCGACUGGGCCAGCCCCUGCCCGCGCGACCCUCCCGUCUGCUCCAGGUGCUGUUCCAUCGCCAGGACACGGGGGCCUUCUUCAAGGCGCUGCUCAAUGCGGGGACGAAAUCCGUCAUCUCCGCCAAGGAGCUGCCCAAGGAGAUCCAGGGCCCCGUCGACUCGGACGAAUUGAUCGAGAUCGAGCAGCUGUGUCUCAGUCACCCGGCCGUGCAGGCGGAGGUGGCCAAGCUGCAGCUCCCCGCGGGGGUGACCGUCUGCAACGACCCGUGGAUCUACGGCACGGAUGACCCCGAGGAAACCCGCCGGUUGUUCCAGUGUUACAUGUACAUUGUCGCGACGGAUCAUCCCCAGAACAACCACUAUUCCGUCCCGUGCAAGUUUUCGCCCGUGUUCAAUGCUAUCACCCGCGAGCUGGUCCGUAUGGACUACCUGCCUAGUGGGGUUGAUGCCACGACGACUGACACGCAGCCGUGGAAGCCGGUCAAAACUAUCCAAUACGCGCACGAUCUGCUGGAUGAGCCGCUCCGCACUGAUCUCAAGCCGUAUAUCGUUCAGCAGCCCGAGGGGCCGUCGUUCAGGGUCCAGGAUAAUGUCGUUACUUGGCAGAAGUGGCGCUUCCAUGUUGGUUCGAAUAGCCGUGAGGGUCUGGUUAUCUAUAACCUGACUUAUGAUGGACGGAAUGUGUUCUACCGACUGUCGGUGUCGGAGAUGACGGUGCCGUAUGGUGACCCCCGCGCGCCCUUCCACCGCAAACAAGCCUUCGACGUGGGAGACGUCGGCUUCGGGAUCACCGCCAACCAACUGGCGCUGGGCUGCGACUGUCUCGGACACAUCAAGUACUUCGACGGCUACCGAACCGACUCAAAGGGCACGCCGGUGCUCCUCAAAAACAUCAUCUGCCUGCACGAGCAAGACAACGGCCUGCAGCACAAACACACCAACUACCGCAGCGGAGCCGCGACGGUCGUGCGCAACCGCCAGCUCGUGAUCCAGAUGAUCUGCACCGUGGCCAACUACGAAUACAUCUUCGCGUUCAUCUUCGACCAAGCCGCCAACAUCGAGCUAGAGGUCCGCGCCACCGGCAUCCUCUCGACGGUGCCCUUCGACAACGAGAAGCCCGGCACCACGGUGCCAUGGGGCACGAACGUCGGACCGGGCGUGAUGGCGCCCUACCACCAACACAUGUUCUCGUUCCGGAUGGACCCCGCGGUGGACGGCCACAAAAACACCGUCUACUACGAAGACAGCGUGCCCCUGCCCGACGACGACAACAACCCCUACCUGGUCGGCUACACGACCGAACAGACCGUCCUCCGUACCAGCGGCUCCGCAGACACCAGCAUCCCGCGCCACCGCGUGUUCAAGAUCCGCAACGACGCCUGCAUCAAUCCCAUCACGUACAAGCCCGUCGCGUACAAGUUGCAGACCUCGCCGAGCCAGAUGCUCCUCGCCAGUCCGAAAUCGUACGGGGCGAAGCGCGCCGGCUUCGCGACCAAGCCCAUCUGGGUGACUAAGUACCAAGACGAUGAGUUAUACGCCGGAGGCGAGUUCACCAACCAGAGCAAGCAGAGCGAGGGGCUGGACAAGUGGGUGCUGCGGAACGAUGCAGUCGAGAAUGAGGAUCUGGUGCUGUGGCAUACCUUCGGCCUGACGCAUAACCCCCGCAUUGAAGACUUCCCCGUCAUGCCGGUCGAGCGCGUCAGCGUGAUGUUGAAGCCGGAUGGCUUCUUCACGAAGAACCCGGCACUGGAUGUGCCGCCGUCGACGCAGGCGUUUAACAAGUCGACGCUGCAUCCGGAGCAGCCGUGUUGUCCGGUGGGACGGGGGAAGCUGUGAUGACGAUAGACCGAUAAUGUAGACAUGAUUACGAUAGAUCUGCUGGAAUGCAGUAUUUUUAAGACUUAUGAUAUGCAG